AUGGCGCUGCCUGCUGUUUUCCUUGCUGCAUUCCUGCUGUUAGCAGCCACAGCAGUUCAUGUUUCCGGUCAACCAGGUUUUCUGAGCAUUGACUGCGGAAUGGACACCGCACGCAGCCCCCGCCUGGACACCACGAGAAACAUCACCUACGUCUCCGACGAUCCGUACGUCGACGGCGGGGAGAAUCACAAGGUUGAAGUCAAUCAAGAGAACCCCGCUCAGGUCAUCAUCUCCCUGCGAACACUGAGGAGCUUCCCUUCCGGCGAACGGAACUGCUACACGCUCCCCACCGAGAGGGGUGCCAGAUACGUGAUCCGGAUGGAGUUCAUGUACGGGAACUACGACGGCACGAACAGCUGGUUCUGGUUUGACCUGCACCUGGGCACCAACUACUGGACCUCGGUCGAGGUCCACCGCACGACCGCAACCACCUACUGGGCGUACGAGGCGGUGUUUGCCGCGUGGGCGAGUUGGGUGCCAGUGUGCCUGGUGAACACCGGCCACGGCACGCCGUUCGUCAGCACGCUGGAGCUGAGGCAGCUCGGCGCCUUGCUUUACCCGGACGUCAACGCUGACCAGCCCAUGGCCACAUACUUCAGGGCAAGUUUGGGGACAACCAAUUUUACCCGGUAUCCAAAGGACCCAUAUGACCGCAACUGGUGGGCGCCCGCCUACACGUCGUACGUACUGCCCGCCAACUGGGCAUCAACAUGGGAUGACAUUUCUACCCAAAAUAGUACCAUCGCCUAUGAGGCUCCGGACAACUACGCGGUGCCCAUCCCUGUUCUUCAGACAGCCAUUACUACUGUCAAUGACACGGUGUUGAACGUCGCGACAUGGAACAAUCUUUUUUCAUCAUUCAAGGUGUUCCUGCACUUCACCGACUUUCAGACGAGCCAGAUCCGGCAGUUCGACAUCAAGAUCAAUGAACAACUGCUCGGCAGGUAUAGGCCCAAGUACCAAACCGCUUCUAGCGUGUCGAGUUCUGGCUGGUCGAACACCACCGACGGCAACUACAGUAUCACUCUUGCAGCCACAAGUGCCUCUGACCUGCCCCCAAUGAUUAGUGCAUAUGAGAUAUACACACUCAUCCGUAACGUCACUUCCAGAACGUUCUCCAAGGAUUUCGAUGCAAUGAUGGCCAUCAAAUACGAUUAUGGAGUAAAGAAAAACUGGAAUGGAGAUCCAUGUUUACCGGCCAACUAUACAUGGAAUGGAGUGAAAUGUAGUGACUCCACUGGUACUACGAGGAUAAUCUCUUUGGAUCUGUCCAAAAGUAACUUGAAUGGAUCGAUAUCUGAUAACUUCAAAUUGCUCACAGAACUCAAAGUCCUGAAUCUGUCUGGAAAUAGUUUCAAUGGCUCAAUUCCGUAUACCCUCUGUAAAAACAAUGGAGGACCACUUGUUUUCAGAUCUGAAUCUGGUGAAGAUAUGUGCAACAAAAUAAUAAGUCCACCUCCAUCAAAAAAUAAAAUAGCUAUAAUAUCUAUUUCAGUAGUGGUUCCCAUUGUGGUAUUGGUUGUACUUGUUAUUUCAUGUUUGAUCUGGAGAAGGAAGAGAAAGCCCCAAAUCUCUACAUAUGAUCAUCAAAAUGCGCCAAAACCUAGUAGUGCUGCAGUAAGCAUAAAAAGUCCUGGGGAUCACCUGCACAAUUCUGAAAAUCGCCAAUUCACAUACAAGGAGCUUGAGAAGUUUACUAAUAAAUUUGAACGGUCCAUUGGACAAGGAGGAUUUGGUCUCGUAUACUACGGCCGUUUAGAAGAUGAUACUGAGGUUGCUGUCAAGAUGCGAUCUGAGACAUCGUCGCAUGGGCUCGAUGAGUUCUUAGCCGAGGUCAAUAGCUUGACAAAGGUGCACCACAGGAAUCUAGUUUCUUUGGUUGGUUACUGCUGGGAGAAGGAUCAUUUAGCACUUGUUUACGAGUACAUGUCUCAAGGCAGUCUUUGUGAUCUAUUGAGAGGAAAAAGAGGUGCUGGUGAAACCUUGAGUUGGGGGAUGCGUGUACGAAUUGUGCUUGAAUCAGCACAAGGCAUGGACUAUCUGCACAAGGGAUGCAGCUUGCCAAUAAUUCACCGGGAUGUGAAAACCAACAACAUUCUCUUAGGUCAAAAUUUGCGAGCGAAAAUAGCUGAUUUUGGACUAUGCAAAACUUAUCUCAGCGACAUGCAGACUCACAUAUCAACCAAUGCAGCUGGAACAGCAGGUUACAUGGACCCCGAGUAUUACCACACUGGCUGGCUCACUGAGAGCAGCGAUGUUUAUAGUUUCGGUGUUGUUCUACUUGAGGUAGCCACCGGAGAACCUCCAAUAUUGCCAGGCCAUGGCCACAUUGUUCAACGUGUGAAACAGAAGAUUACCAGUGGUAACGUCAGCAUAGUAGUUGACGCUAAGCUAGGAGGUGCCUAUGAUGUCAACUCCAUGUGGAAACUGAUUGACACUGCCAUGGCUUGCACAUCGGAUGCUGCUAUUCGAAGGCCAACAAUGGCUGUCGUGGUGGCCCAGCUGAAAGAAAGCCUUGCGUUGGAAGAAUCUCGCGAGGAUAAUAGCGUCUUGGGAAGCUUCACGAGUACUGCUGAAGCCCCGGUGUCCACAUAUGGUCCAUUAGCAAGAUGA